ACCAAUGAAAACAGAUGAAUUUCGUGAUUUGAUCAGCGAUUAUGUGCUUGAAAUGACGCGAUGUUUCUCACGAUGGGUGCACUCAGUGUUCAUUACUUGAUUUUCAAAUUUUUUCAAGUGCGUUGUGAUGGCAAUCGAUACGGUGAAAUCGAAGAUUACUUCAGUAAAUUUGUGGAUAAGAACUUCUUCGAUGAUUUUUUCCGAGGGACACAAAAUUUUGAUAGCGACGAUGAAGAUGCCGUAAUGAACUGUGGAUACAAGGUGUCCAGAAUGAUUUAUCGUUUGUGUCGUAAAUAUUUCGUGAGAGCUCCAAAAAUUGAGAAAAUAUCAAAUAUAUUCAACUAUCACUACACACAAAUCAGAGCGCGUACCAGAUCCGUAUCUAAUUGAAAUACUAAAAAAUGGAUUGCAUCCAAUUCGUUUCGGAGAUGGUCGAGCAUAUUUUUUCACGAUGACGACGGCAGGCAAUUGGUUCAAAUACGUACCAAUAUUUCUAUAUUUGCAACGGUAAGCCGUUAAUAUUUUUACAUUAUUUCAAAUCAAUCGGUUGCACACAAUCGAUUUUGAGAGAGAUCGGAUGCCCACACCCACGGCUCAUUAGACGUGAUGGAACACCAAAGCAACGUGAGGAAUUAAAAGCCGCUGAUUGGGUCGUGCUUUGGCGAACGUAUUUUGACAUCGAAAGAACACCGCAAAAUGAAAAUCGUGCCACUAUAAAAUUCCGAAAUUCGAUUCAAACGGAUGGAGUGGCUAUGUCAUUCUGGAUGGAACGCACAAAAUUCGUCGUUGUCAAAGACGAAAAUGAAAUCAUGCGGGAGACUCAAGAAAAGUUAUUGAAAGCGCAACAAGUGUAUGGUCUCGAUCCAGGUCUUCGGCUGGUGAUUGGCGGUGUUUGUGUGACCAAUUACAAUGAUCCGAACAAGGAAAAUCGCCGCGAAAAACUCGUUCGAUUGAUAUCGGGUCAAUAUAAUCACAUGAUCGGCUAUCGCAAGCGAAAUAAAUGGCGCAAAAAGUUGACUUUCAACAUUGACGAAAAAAUGCGUAUUCACCGAGAAUCUUUUGAUGAGCAACCAAGUCCACAUUCAGACAACAUUGAUAGAUAUGUCGAUCAUUUUUUACGGCAUUUCAAUGAGAAGUUUGAAGCAUACACGCAGUACGAAUAUGCACUUCAAGAUUUUCUACAGUACAUCGAUACGAAUAAGACACUCGACAAUUUGGCAGACUGGUUGAUCGAUGGCAAAGAAACAUUCGUAUUUGUGGGUGAAAAUUUCAUUGCUGCCGACUCAGAAGCAAAAGGUUAUAUUCGGUCGAAAGUACGCGAUUUAUUUGAGAAAAUGAAGCGACGGCGCAACUGUGCAGUGGUCAAAGUGGAUGAAUUUCGAACAACAAAGGUGUGCUCAUUGUGUUUCAAAGACUUGGAAUUUCCGAAGAAAGGUGAUCGUGUGAAGAUGAAGUAUCGAUACUUUACUUGCCGUGGAUGCGAACCAUUGCCAGAAGGAAAUAAACCACAUGGUCCCAUCGACUCGAGAAAGGGUAAUCAUCUUUUGACGAAACAACGAAAACAUCGACCUCGUCCUGGACCACGUAUGGCAUCAAAAUUCCGACGCUACGAAGAAAAACGGACAAUUGGUCGUACUAUAAAAUGGAAUCGUGAUACAAACGCCGGUCGCAAUAUACUCUACAAAGGACGGUGUGCUGUAAUGAAUGAAGAACUACACCCCGUAUUUCAAAGACCUACAGUACCCAUUCAGAAUCAACAACCUAUACAAGGAACAUCGCGUUCUAUCCAAGACCAAGCACAAAACUCUCGGCCGUAAGCCCUGGGUAUUGUGCGGGAUGUCAUCGUGGUCUUAUUAUAGCUACUUUUAAGUACUUACCAUUGUCACAUGAUGGAAAAAUAUCAUCUACCGAGCAUAUUCGUUUCGGAUAUUUUCGGUCAACGGGGAUAAUUUCGAAUUCAGCUGGUCCAAUUUCUGAGAUGUGGCCCUGAAUGUAGCCCUCAGUUGAGUCUCUAACCCACACAAGUUGCGAAUCAACAAUCAUGGUUCUAAAACAUUUUUAAAAAACACAUGAAUUAUUCAGCCAUUGUAAUUAAGGAACAUUUCAAGCGAACAACAUGAAUUAUUUAGUUUUUCUUAAUUUUUGAUUUUCUUUUUUUUCUAAUCAUGCUGCACCAAUACACUAAUUAUUGUUCACUUAAACGUAAUUAUUUGACCAUUUACUUUUUCUUGU